AAUUUUUGCUAUUGUUGUGAGUUGUAUAUGUUUGUACAAAUGUUGUACUCUUCUGUACUAUAAUAAUAAUAAUAAUUUAAAAAAACAAAUCGAGCCCAGAACAACUGUCAAAAGUCGCAUAAGCAGAAAGUACUUCAGCUUAAAAUACAUGAUCUUAAAUACAUCAAAAAGAGUUCUGUCUGUGUGCGCGCGUGGGUUAAGAGAAAUCUUUCUAGAAACAAGCAUAGCAAUACAUUGAUAUUUAAACGAACCUGUGAAAUAUUUAAAGAACACAAACGUCAACAUGUGACCGAGAAGCGCGUGCAUGUGUCUGACACCGUGCUUGAGUUCCGGUGUCAUGGCCGCGACGGUCUGCGCGAGGUUACCGGGAUGCGUUCACGGACUGCGGCUCUGCUCGAGAUAUCUGCCGGUUCUGACCCGGAGCGGUCCGGUUCGGCACCACAGACUUGGUCCUGCAGAUGAUGAGAUGUACCACAGGACCACAGUAUCGGUGAUGCAGAAAGAAGAGCAGACUGGAGGAGCCGUCAUCUACAGCUACAGCCCACAAGGAUUCAACAUCAACGGCAACAAAGUGUUUGGACCCUGUGCCAUCCUGCCACCCGCCAUCCUGCAGUGGAACGUAGGUUGUCACACAGACAUCACAGAGGAGAGUUUGUCUCUUUUCCAUCUGAUCGAGCCGCCAAUCGAGAUUCUGGUUUUGGGCACAGGAGCUCGUACUGAACGUCUGGAUACUAAUGUAGUGAAUUUCCUCAGAAAGAAAGGCAUCUCUGUGGAGGUUCAGGACACACCGAAUGCAUGCGCCACAUUCAACUUCCUGUCGAGUGAGAGACGCAUCGCAGCGGCCGGUUUGAUCCCUCCUCCUGCACAGACGGAAUAACUACACAUUUGAUUUAUUCUUCAUUAUGUGUUAUUAUUUAUAUUUGUUGUGUUGUUAAAAUGAUCAAUUCAGUGUGUAGUGAGAGAUUAAAGGUAUUAA